CAAUAGAUUAAAAGCUUAAUUAUUAAUUAUUACUGUAUCAUAGUCUAAUUCACAGGCAUAGCGAUUCCCAACCCCAAUUCCCCAACCUUUCUCUUUGGUUUCCCUCUUUUGGGUUUUCUCCUACAUUUCUCUCACUCUCUCGCUUGCGUUCUCUUCUGUCCUCUCUUCUCACUCACUCACUCACUCCUGAUGUGUAUGCAUUCACUCCUUUCUCUCUCAUCUCUCAGUUCAGAGUAGAGAAGUGGAGGUGAGAUGACAACCCUACGAUCGAGCUGGCCGGCGAGGCUGCGGCAACUACUUUCGACGGAAAGCGCCAUUGGCCCUUCCAUCAAGCUUGACUCUGAACCCCCUCCCAAGAUCAAAGCAUUCAUUGAGAGGGUCAUUCAAUGUCCAUUACAAGAUAUUGCUAUACCACUCUCUGGCUUCUGGUGGGAAUACAAUAAGGGUAAUUUUCAUCACUGGAGGCCAUUGUUACUUCAUUUUGAUACAUACUUCAAGACAUAUUUAUCAUGUCGAAAUGACCUAACAUUGUCGGGUAAUCUAGAAGAUGACACACCAUUACCCAAACAUGCAAUUUUGCAAAUAUUACGAGUGAUGCAAAUAAUUUUGGAGAACUGUCCAAACAAAAGUUCAUUUGAUGGCUUAGAGCACUUCAAGUUGCUACUAGCAUCAACGGAUCCUGAAAUUCUUAUUGCUUCAUUAGAAACUCUUUCUGCACUUGUAAAAAUAAAUCUCUCAAAGCUUCAUGGAAGUGCAAAAAUGGUUGGUUGUGGUUCAGUGAAUAGUUAUCUCCUGUCCCUGGCGCAAGGGUGGGGAAGCAAAGAGGAGGGGUUGGGAUUAUUCUCCUGUAUUAUGGCAAAUGAGAAAGCCCAAGAUGAAGCACUGUGUUUGUUCCCUUCUGAUGUGCAGAAUGGUUGUGACCAAUCCAACUACCGCAUAGGUUCUACCCUUUACUUUGAAUUGCAUGGACCAAAUGCCCAAAGCAAAGAACACAGUGUAGAUGCCAUUUCCCCAAGUUUGAGAGUUAUAAAUAUCCCAGAUCUGCAUUUGCGCAAGGAAGAUGACUUGUUGUUGUUGAAGCAGUGUAUUGAGCAGCAUAACGUUCCUCCUGAACUACGAUUUUCAUUGCUCACUAGAAUAAGAUAUGCUCGCGCCUUUCAGUCUCCAAGAAUAAGCAGGCUGUAUAGCAGGAUUUGUCUUCUUGCUUUUAUUGUGCUUGUCCAGUCCAGUGAUGCUCAUGAUGAGCUUGUGUCCUUUUUUGCUAAUGAACCAGAGUAUACAAAUGAAUUGAUUAGAGUUGUGCGAUCUGAGGAGACCAUUUCUGGAUCUAUUAGAACACUCGUAAUGCUUGCACUAGGAGCUCAGUUAGCAGCAUAUACGUCUUCUCAUGAUCGUGCACGGAUACUCAGUGGAUCUAGUAUGAAUUUUGCUGGAGGGAAUCGUUUGAUACUCCUGAAUGUGCUUCAGAGGGCCAUUUUAUCAUUGAAGAGUUCUAGUGAUCCAUCCUCCCUUGCCUUUGUUGAGGCACUUCUUCAGUUCUACCUGCUCCAUGUUGUGUCAACUUCUUCUUCUGGCAGCAAUAUUAGAGGCUCUGGCAUGGUACCCACAUUCCUGCCACUGCUUGAGGAUUCUGAUCCUUCACAUAUACAUCUUGUCUGUUUUGCAGUGAAAACCCUUCAGAAGCUUAUGGAUUACAGUAGCUCAGCUGUAUCUUUGUUUAAGGAGUUGGGGGGUAUUGAGCUUUUGGCUCAAAGAUUACAGAUAGAGGUUCACAGGGUCAUUGGUUUGAUUGGAGAAAAUAACGUGAUGCCCACUGGUGAAAGCUCAAAAAAUAGUACCGACCAGUUGUAUUUGCAGAAGAGGCUCAUAAAAGUCUCCCUUAAGGCACUUGGUUCUGCAACAUAUUCCCCUGCAAACAAUACUAGAUCUCCACAUUCACAUGACAGUUCAUUACCUGCUACGUUAGCCUUGAUUUUUGCAAAUGUGAAUAAGUUUGGCGGUGACAUUUAUUAUUCAGCUGUUACUGUAAUGAGUGAAAUAAUCCACAAGGAUCCAACAUGUUUUUCAGCUCUGCAUGAAAUGGGUCUUCCUGAUGCUUUUUUAUCUUCAGUUGCAUCUGGAGUACUUCCUUCAUCGAAAGCUUUGACAUGCAUUCCAAAUGGUCUUGGAGCCAUUUGUCUCAAUGCCAAAGGCUUAGAGGUGGUUAGAGAAACUUCAUCUCUGCGUUUCCUUGUUGAAGUCUUCACAAGCAAGAAAUAUGUAUUAGCCAUGAAUGAUGCUAUUGUUCCUCUGGCAAAUUCUGUGGAGGAACUUCUGCGUCAUGUAUCUUCAAUGAGAAGUACUGGUGUUGAUGUUAUCAUUGAAAUUAUCCAUAAGAUCACAUCCUUCGGAAAUGGUAAUGAAACAGGAUCCUUGGGAAAGGAUAAUGAGGGCAGUGCAAUGGAAACAGAUUCUUUAGACAAAGAAAAUGAAAGCAGUUGCGGCCUUGUUGACACUGUAGAUUCUGCUGCUGAAGUGGUAACUGAUGAGCAGUUUGUUCAGCUGUGCAUCUUUCACUUGAUGGUAUUGGUUCAUCGGACUAUGGAAAAUUCUGAAACAUGUCGACUAUUUGUGGAAAAAUCAGGAAUUGAAGCCUUAUUGACGUUAUUAUUACGACCAACUAUUGCACAAUCGUCAGAUGGCAUGUCUAUUGCAUUGCAUAGCACCAUGGUAUUUAAGGGGUUUGCUCAACAUCACUCUGCACCUCUGGCACGGGCAUUCUGUUCAUCUCUUAGGGAACACUUGAAGAAAGCACUGGCUGGGUUUGGUGCAGCUUCAGGGGAAUCAGGAUCUUUGUUGCUGGAUCCGAGGAUGACAGAUGAUAGCAGUAUCUUUUCAUCACUUUUCCUAGUUGAGUUCCUUCUCUUUCUCGCAGCGUCAAAAGACAACCGCUGGAUGACUGCCUUGCUUACAGAAUUUGGAAAUGACAGUAAGGAUGUGCUUGAAGACAUUGGACGUGUCCAUCGUGAAGUUGUGUGGCAAAUUGCUUUGCUUGAAAAUACAAAGCUUGAUAUUGAGAGCGAUGUUGCUUGUCCUUCUGAUGACUCACAACAGGCAGAAGUAGAUCCAAAUGAAACGGAAGAUCAAAGGUUCAGUUCUUUCAGGCAGUUUCUUGAUCCAUUGCUGAGAAGGAGGACUUCGGGGUGGAGUAUUGAAUCACAGUUCUUUGACCUUAUAAACCUGUAUCGCGAUUUGGGUCGUGCAACUGGUUCUCAGAACCGACUUGGUUCUGUUGGUCCUUCAACCAUGCAGUUAGGUUCCAUUGAUCAAUUGCAUAGUUCUGGGUCUGUGGAUACUUCUGGGGCCAGUAAUAGGAAGGAAUAUGACAAGCAAAGGACUUAUUAUGCCUCUUGUUGUGACAUGGUCAGCUCACUUUCAUUUCACAUUACCCAUUUGUUCCAAGAGUUGGGAAAAGGAAUGCUGUUACCUUCUCGCCGACGUGAUGAUAUUGUCAAUGUGAAUCCUGCUUCAAAAUCAGUUGCUUCUACUUUUGCCUGUGUUGCUCUAGAUCACAUGAAUUUUGGUGCACGUGUAACAUAUUCAGGGACUGAAGCAUCUAUAUCAACAAAAUGUCGUUAUUUUGGUAAAGUGAUUGAUUUUUUGGACAGUAUACUGAUGGAGAGGCCAGAUACUUGCAAUCCAAUUAUGCUGAAUUGCUUGUAUGGGCAUGGAGUAAUUCAAUCUGUGUUGACCACAUUUGAAGCUACUAGUCAGUUGCUCCUCACGGUAAAUUGUACCGCUGCAUCGCCUAUGGAAACUGAUGAUGUGCAUGCAAACCAUGAUUUCAAGGAAGAAACAGAUAAGUCAUGGAUUUAUGGUUCUUUAGCUAGUUAUGGUAAAUUUAUGGACCAUCUAGUGACUUCCUCUUUUAUAUUAUCUUCAUCCACAAAGCACUUGCUUGCUCAGCCCCUUACAAGUGACAAUACUCCUUUCCCGCGGGAUGCAGACACAUUUGUGAAGGUCCUCCAAUCCAUGGUGUUAAAGGCUGUGCUUCCAGUUUGGACUCAUCCCCACUUUGUUGAUUGUACUAAUGAAUUUAUUUCUACAGUUAUCUCCAUUGUUAGACAUGUUUAUUCUGGGGUUGAGGUGAAAAAUAUAAAUGGAAGCAGCAGUGCUCGAAUUACUGGGCCUCCUCCUAAUGAAACAGCUAUUUCAACCAUUGUAGAGAUGGGUUUUUCCAGGUCUAGAGCAGAGGAAGCUUUGAGGCACGUUGGGUCAAAUAGUGUGGAGUUGGCAAUGGAGUGGUUGUUUACCCAUCCAGAAGAGACACAAGAGGAUGACGAACUUGCUCGUGCACUUGCCAUGUCCCUUGGGAAGGCUGAAUCAGACAUGAAGGAUGCUGUUGUAAAUGAUGAUCUUCAACAGCUUGAGGAAGACAUGGUCCAACUUCCUCAUGUUGAUGAGUUAUUAUCAACUUGCACAAAACUUCUACAGAAAGAACACCUUGCAUUUCCUGUUCGUGACUUACUGGUGAUGAUAUGCUCUCGGGAUGAUGGUCACUACAGAUCUAAUGUUAUCAUAUUUAUUGUUGACCGGAUCAAGGACUGUGGGUUGGUUUCUAGUAAUGGAAAUAAUACUUCGCUUGCUUCUCUGUUUCAUGUUCUCGCUCUGAUUCUUAAUGAGGAUUCUGUAGCACGGGAAGCUGCUGCGAAGAAUGGUUUAAUCAAGAUUGCCUCAGAUCUUCUCUGCCAGUGGGAUUAUAGUCUUGAUAGUGGGGAUAAACAUCUAGUUCCAAAGUGGGUCACAGCUGCUUUUCUUGCAUUAGACCGGCUGUUGCAAGUGGAUCCAAAAUUGAAUUCUGAAAUUGCAGAGCUCUUGAAGAAGGAAGUGGUGAGUAUCCAGCAGACAUCAAUUACCAUUGAUGAAGAUAAACAACACAAAUUGCAAUCUGCAUUGGGACUUUCAUCAAAGUAUGCAGAUAUACAUGAGCAGAAGAGACUUGUUGAGAUUGCCUGUAGCUGUAUGAAGUACCAUCUUCCCUCAGAUACAAUGCAUGCUGUUCUGUUACUAUGCUCCAAUCUUACAAGGAAUCAUUCUGUUGCUCUUACCUUUUUCAAUGCUGGUGGUUUACGGCUGCUUCUUUCUUUGCCAACCAGUAGCCUAUUCCCUGGAUUUGACAAUGUUGCUGCUAAUAUUGUUCGUCAUAUUAUUGAAGAUCCCCAGACCCUGCAGCAAGCAAUGGAAUCUGAGAUAAAGCAUAGUUUUGCACUUGCAUCUAACCGGCAUCCCAACGGAAGAGUUAAUCCUCGCAAUUUCCUGAUAAAUUUAGCUUCUGUUAUUUCUCGUGAUCCCAUCAUAUUUCUGCAAGCUGCUCAAUCAGUUUGCCAAGUUGAGAUGGUAGGUGAAAGGCCCUACAUUGUCUUGCUGAAAGAUCGGGAUAAAGACAAAGCUAAGGAGAAAGAAAAGGAAAAGGACAAAUCAUUGGAGAAAGCUCAGAAUAAUGAUGGGAAUGUUGGUUCCGGAAUUACAAAUCCAUCAGCUUCUACAAAUGCUCAUGGAAGAAGUAUCGAUUCAAACUCAAGAAGUAUCAAAAGUCAUAGAAAACCUAUUCAAAGUUUCAUUAAUGUGAUAGAACUUCUUCUUGAAUCCAUAUGUACUUUUGUUGUCCCUGCUUUGAAGGAUGACCUCACUGGUGGCACCUCAACAUCAAGUGACAUGGACACUGAUGUAUGUACCUCAAAGGGGAAAGGAAAAGCAGUUGCCACUAUGUCUGCAGGGAAUGAAACGAACAGCCUGGAAGCUUCUGCAUCACUUGCAAAGAUAGUAUUUAUUUUGAAGCUUCUGACAGAGAUUUUGAUGAUGUAUUCACCUUCUAUCCAUGUUCUUCUUCGCCGAGAUGCUGAACUGAGCAGCACUAGGGGUAUUCAUCAAAAGAGUCAUGUUGGUUUCUGCAUGGGAGGAAUAUUCUACCAUAUUCUCCAUAAUUUUCUUCUAUGCUCUCGGAAUUCCAAGAAGGAUAAAAAAGUUGAUGGUGAUUGGAGGCAGAAGUUAGCAACUAGGGCUAACCAGUUUAUGGUGGCUGCUUGUGUUCGAUCUUCAGAGGCAAGGAAGCGGAUUUUUACAGAGAUUAAUCAUAUUAUCAAUGAAUUUGUUGAUUCAUGUAGCAGUGUUAAGCCACCUGGCAAUGAAAUUCAGGUGUAUGUAGAUCUACUUAAUGAUGUUUUAGCUUCUCGUACACCUGCUGGCUCAAGCAUCUCAUCAGAGGCUUCUGCCACAUUUAUGGAGGCUGGUCUGGUUAAAUCAUUUACUCGUACUCUCCAAGUGUUGAACUUGGACCAUGCUGAGUCAUCUAAAGUUGCCACUGGUAUUGUCAAAGCUCUUGAGUUGGUAACCAAGGAGCAUGUCCAGUCAGUUGAUUCUAAUGCAGGAAAAGGUGAUAGUUCAACAAAGCCUGCUGAUCUUACUCAAACCGUAAGAACAGAUAAUAGUGCUGAUGCAUCUCAGUCCAUGGAAACUGCAUCUCAGGACAAUCAUGAUACACUUCAAGUCGAGUCUUACAAUGCUAAUCAGUCUUAUGGUGGAUCUGACUCUGUUACCGAUGAUAUGGAACAUGAUCAAGAUCUUGAUGGGGGCUUUGCUCCUACUAAUGAGGAUGAGUACAUGCGUGAAACUGUUGAGGAUGCCAGAGGUCAUGAGAAUGGAGUUGGAAAUGCCGGUUUACAGUUUGAAAUUCAACCCCGUGGCCAAGAAAAUCUGGAACAAGAGGAGGAGGAAGAGGAGGAGGAGGAAGAGGAGGAGGAAGAUGAUAUGUCUGGAGAAGAGGGUGAAGAUGUAGAUGAUGAUGACGAGGAUGAUGAGGAACAUAAUAAUUUGGAAGAAGACCAUCACAUGCCUCAUCCUGACACAGAUCAAGAUGAUCACGAGAUGGAUGAUGAUGAUUUUGAUGAGGUGAUGGAAGAAGAAGAAGACGAGGAUGACGAAGAUGAUGAGGAUGGAGUAAUAUUGCGACUUGAGGAGCGCAUUAAUGGAAUUAAUGUUUUCGACCAUAUUGAGGUAUUUGGAAGAGAGAAUAGUUUUCCAAAUGAAGCUCUUCAGGUGAUGCCAGUAGAGGUUUUUGGAUCUAGACGUCCAGGGAGGACAACCUCUAUCUACAGCCUUUUGGGCAGAACUGGUGAUGCUGCUACUCCUUCACGCCACCCACUUUUGGUUGGUCCUUCUUCAUCAUUCCACCUGCCUACUGGGCAAUCAGAUAAUAGAUUGGAAAGCUCAACAGCUUUAGAUAGUAUCUUUCGAUCACUGAGGACUGGACGACCCGGUCAUCGUUCAAACUUGUGGAGCGAUAAUAACCUGCAAGGUGUGAUCAAUGCUGGUGUUGUACCACAGGGCCUUGAGGAAUUGCUUGUCUCUCAAUUGAGGCAACCCGCCUCUGAAAAGUCAUCUGAUAAAAGCAUUGCAGAAACUGGUACUCACAGCAGGGCUGAUGUCAGUCACAUGCAAGAUUCACGAGGUUCAAGGCUAGAAUCCCCAGUUGAAAAUAAUGCAAAUCAGGAAAGUGGAAUGGUGACUCCUCAAUCAGUUGAUAACAAUAACAACAAUGUUGAUAUCAGAUCUGCAGGAAAUGGGUCUCUGCAAGCUAAUGUAUCAAGCACUCAUUCACAGGCAGUUGAGAUGCAGUUUGAGAAUAAUGAUACAUCUGUGCGGGAUGUUGAAGCUGUGAGCCAAGAGAGUAGUGGUAGUGGGGCAACUUUUGGUGAAAGUCUUCGGAGCCUUGAUGUUGAAAUUGGAAGUGCUGAUGGUCAUGAUGAUGGUGGAGAAAGGCAAGUUUCUGCAGAUAGGCUAGCAGGUGAAUUGCAUGCUGUGCGCACAAGAAGAGUAAACAUGCCAUUUGGUCAUUCUUCUACAGUUAGUGGGAGAGAUUCAUCACUCCAUAGUGUUACUGAGGUUUCUGAAAAUUCAAGCCGAGAUGCAGAUCAAAAUGGUCCUGCAGCAGAGCAGCCAGUGAAUAGUGAUGCUGGUUCCGGAGCAAUUGAUCCUGCAUUUUUGGAAGCUCUUCCUGAGGAGCUCCGGGCUGAAGUUCUCUCAGCUCAGCAGGGUCAAGUGGCUCAACCAUCAAAUGUUGAAUCUCAAAGCACUGGGGAUAUUGAUCCAGAGUUCCUUGCAGCUCUUCCCCCAGACAUUCGAGCUGAAGUUCUGGCUCAACAGCAAGCACAGAGGUUACAUCAAUCUCAAGAGUUGGAAGGUCAACCUGUCGAAAUGGAUACAGUCUCAAUAAUUGCGACAUUUCCUUCUGAAUUACGGGAAGAGGUUCUUUUAACAUCAUCUGAUGCUAUCCUUGCAAACCUUACACCUGCUCUUGUUGCUGAAGCAAAUAUGCUGCGGGAGAGGUUUGCACAUCGAUACAGCAGGCCCCUCUUUGGUAUGUAUCCAAGAAAUCGACGAGGUGAGACCUCAAGACGGGGUGAGGGUGUUGGUUCUGGCAUGGAUGGAGCAGGGGGAAGCAAUACUUUGCGCAGGACUGGUGGAGCUAAGGUCGUUGAAGCUGAUGGAGCACCUUUAGUAGACACUGAAGCUUUGCAUGCUUUGAUUCGGUUAUUUCGCAUAGUUCAGCCACUAUAUAAGGGUCAAUUGCAGAAGCUUCUUUUGCAUCUUUGUGCUCAUAGUGAAACCAGAACUUCUCUGGUAAAAAUUCUGAUGGACUUGCUAAUGCUGGAUGUGAGGAAGCCCACCAGUAAUGUUAGUGCAGUUGAACCGCCGUACAGACUAUAUGGUUGUCAGAGCAAUGUAAUGUACUCGCGCCCUCAAUCUUUUGAUGGAGUUCCACCAUUGCUCUCUCGGCGAAUACUUGAAACUCUCACUUAUCUUGCUUGCAAUCAUCCAUAUGUGGCAAAAAUUUUGCUUCAGUAUAGGCUGCAUCAUCCUGCCUUAAGAGGAUCAAAUAAUGCUGCUCAUGUUUCACAUGGCAAAGCCGUUAUAGUUGAUGAUGAAAUAGAUGUAGAUGACGCUAAUGAUGGAUACAUAUCCAUUGCAAUGCUUUUGAGUCUCUUGAAACAACCCCUUUACUUGAGAAGCAUAGCCCAUCUUGAGCAGCUGCUAACUUUGCUGGAUGUUAUCAUCAAUAGUGCUGGAAGCAAGUCUAGUUCAUCUGACAAAUCCCAGAUUUCUACUAAACCGGUCCUGGAUUCACAAAUCUCUGCAACGGAUGCAAAUACUGUUCUUGAUGCAUCUUCUGAUGUCAAUGGUUCCUCCAAAUCCACAUCUUCUGGUACUAAGGAAGGCCAGUCUCAUCAAGUCUUGAGUACCCUGCCACGAGCUGAGCUUCGGCUUCUGUGCUCACUGCUCGCACUAGAUGGUUUGUCGGAUAAUGCAUAUCGUCUUGUUGGGGAUGUAAUGAAGAAAUUGGUGGCCAUUGCUCCGACUCAAUGUCAGCUUUUUGUCACGGAGCUGGCAGAAGCAGUUCAGAACUUAACUUCAUCUGCAAGGGAUGAGUUACGAGUCUUCAGUGAAACAAUGAAGGCUCUUCUUAGUACAACAUCAACUGAUGGAGCCACAAUUUUGAGAGUCUUACAAGCCUUGAGUUCUCUUGUCACCUCAUUGUCCGAGAAAGAGAAUGAUGGAAUAACUCCUGCUCUUUCUGAAGUUUGGGAGAUCAACAAGGCAUUAGAGCCCUUAUGGCAAGAGCUGAGCUGUUGCAUAAGCAAGAUAGAAUCUUAUUCCGAGUCUGCAUCCCAGGUUUUCACUCCUUCUAGGACCUCUGUGAAUAAAUUGCCUGGUGCCAUGCCUUCACUUCCAGCUGGUUCUCAAAAUAUCUUACCAUACAUAGAAUCAUUCUUUGUGGUUUGUGAGAAGCUGCAUCCUGCACAGUCAGGUGCUAUCAAUGACUCAGGUGUUCCUGUUAUUUCUGAUGUUGAAGAUGCAAGUUCUUCUGCUAGUCAGCAGAAAACAUCUGGACCUGCUGUGAAAAUAGAUGAAAAACAUGCUUCUUUUGUCAAAUUUUCAGAGAAGCACAGAAAGCUACUAAAUGCUUUUAUUAGGCAGAAUCCUGGCUUACUCGAGAAAUCAUUCUCCCUCAUGUUGAAGGUUCCAAGAUUUAUUGAUUUUGAUAACAAGCGUUCUCACUUCCGAUCAAAAAUUAAGCAUCAGCAUGAGCCUCACCAUAGCCCUUUAAGAAUCUCAGUAAGAAGGGCAUAUGUUCUAGAAGAUUCUUAUAACCAGCUUCGCAUGAGAUCAACUCAUGAUUUGAAGGGAAGGUUGACUGUUCACUUUCAAGGGGAGGAAGGUAUUGAUGCGGGCGGGCUUACAAGGGAAUGGUAUCAGUUGUUGUCCAGAGUUAUUUUUGACAAAGGAGCCCUGCUUUUCACUACAGUGGGAAAUGAAUUAACGUUUCAGCCAAACCCGAACUCUGUUUACCAAACAGAACAUCUAUCUUAUUUCAAAUUUGUGGGCAGAGUGGUUGGAAAAGCAUUAUUUGAUGGUCAGUUAUUGGAUGUGCAUUUUACUCGGUCAUUUUACAAACACAUCCUAGGUGUCAAAGUUACAUAUCAUGACAUUGAAGCCAUUGAUCCAGACUAUUUCAAAAACUUGAAAUGGAUGCUAGAGAAUGAUAUCAGUGACGUUCUAGAUCUUACCUUUAGCAUCGACGCAGAUGAAGAAAAGUUGAUAUUAUAUGAAAGAACUGAAGUGACUGAUUAUGAGUUGAUACCCGGUGGACGGAAUAUAAAAGUUACAGAGGAAAAUAAGCAUCAAUAUGUUGAUUUGGUUGCUGAGCAUCGGUUGACCACUGCUAUUCGGCCUCAGAUAAAUGCUUUCUUGGAAGGGUUUAAUGAAUUGAUUCCCAGGGAGUUGAUAUCAAUAUUCCGUGAUAAAGAGCUAGAAUUAUUGAUCAGUGGACUUCCUGAUAUUGAUUUGGAUGACUUGAGAGCAAAUACAGAAUAUUCUGGAUAUAGUGCUGGAUCACCAGUUAUCCAAUGGUUUUGGGAAGUUGUUCAAGGUUUCAGCAAAGAAGACAAGGCUAGACUUUUGCAGUUUGUAACUGGCACAUCCAAGGUGCCCUUGGAGGGUUUUAGCGCCCUUCAAGGAAUUUCUGGCUCCCAGAAGUUUCAGAUACACAAGGCAUAUGGCAGUCCAGAUCACUUGCCUUCUGCACAUACUUGUUUCAAUCAACUAGAUUUGCCAGAGUAUCCAUCUAAACAACAUUUAGUGGAGAGGUUACUGCUUGCUAUUCAUGAAGCAAAUGAAGGAUUUGGGUUUGGUUAAAACCUUUUUUCGGUAAGAAAAAGGGUUUUGGUGUUUGGAGGGGAUAGGCACAAAAUACUUCUUUUACAUUUUAGGUUAGAAGCUAUUUUUAAAGUGGUACAGGUUACAAUAUUUCAAGUUUUAUAUCAAUGUUAAUAUGCUGUACAGUCCUAUAUUUUGCAAUGGGAAAUGCCUAUGGCAAUUUUUCAAUUAAAGUUUUGACCCCUUA